AUGGCAGGCCUCGGAGGAAUCAAGGGGCUGGUGCUUUUGCUCGGAAUAGUCUCACAGGCAUCAGGCAGCACAAUAACCGUGAGUAUUUUUACGGUGACAUCAAAGAGCACGGUGUUGCGCUGGAGCAAAUAUGAAGGCGCAUUGUCCUACAAAGUAACAGCUUCUCUCCGAAACACUCAAGUCCCUGUGGUCUUUGCCAGCUUUGGACAGAACACCAUUAUGGGCUCCGUUAAUUCCCUGAAUCCCAACACUGCAUACACCUUUCGUGUCGAGGCCCUGGGCAGCCACAUGAACAUGCUCACAGAUGCCACUGUGGACGGAUCUACUGCUCCUGAUGUGCCCACCAUUGUGAUGGCCUCCUCUAAAGAAAGCCAGCGCAUCACUGUGGAAUUCACUUCGGUCUCCGGUGCCACUUCCUACAUCCUGCGUGCUGAGACAAAUGACGGAUCUUUCUUCUCAGAGAUCUCAGUACCUGGCUCUCCGGGGACUGUCACCAACCUCCAGCCAUACACAGACUACACUCUCAGUGUCAUGUCCGUCAACAGCGCAGGCAGAAGCCAGCCUUCCGUCUCCGUUGAAGCUAAGACAGUCCUUCCUGCUCCUCAGCUCAACACCAGCUCUCCCAGCAACAGCAGUAUCCUGGUGAAGUGGGAGCCAGUGAAUCACGCUGUCCUCUACAGUCUCAGCAUCAUCAAGGACGGCUCGUACAGCAAGAUUAGCCUCAACACCACAGAAACGCAGGUUCACUUUCCAAACCUGGAGGCAGGAACCAAAUACUGCAUUAAAGGAAAUGCCUGGAGUCCUGAGAGCAUUCCCGGAGAUGACUUCACAGUUUGCCAGAUCACACGUCCUCCCAAUCCUCAGUCCAUUGAGCUGUUGGUGACAAGCAUCCCUGAUGCUGGUAUUGUGGUGUCGUGGGACCCAGCCCAGGGUGCAGAGCAGUAUGUCGCCUUGAGCUUGACCGGACAGAACUGCUCCUCAUCUACUAACUCCUGCACCCUGAUUCCUCUGAGCUGUGGAGAGAUAAACUCUGUCACAGUGAUCGCUAUCAACCAGGCUGGAAACAGUGCCCCCUCAUACCCAGUACAGGUUAUUUCAUUCCCCUGUCCCCCGCAGCCCAUCUGGGUGGAGGAACUGGUGCCCGGUAACUGUUCUGUGAAGUGGAGUGCCGUCCCUCACGCAGAAUACUACACCACCUUUAUUAAAAGUGACGAUGGCAUCGAGGGGAUGUGCAACUCGACCGAGCUGUACUGUCAGUUUCACUGCCACUGCGGAUACUCGUACAUCAUGAGUGUGUUUGCACACAACCAUGCAGGACAAAGUCCCCCGGGGCCUCUCCUCAACCACACCACCCUGCCUUGCUGUCCAGCGCUCACAACGGUUUCUGCAGCUUCUUGGGAGACUCUGAUGAUGGAGUGGUCUCCUGUGCGUGGUGCGGAUCUGUACGAGACUCGUGCUGUGGAUGCAAACGAAGUGAUUCUGUGUAAUGACACAGCACCCAGGUGUGCGCUCUCUGACCUCACUUGCAACAGCAAAUACAGUGUAGUCAUCAUACCGUGCAACGACGUAAGUGGCUGCAACCUCACCUGCAGUCCACAAACACAUGAAACAGCUCCAUGCAUGCCUAAGAUCACCGGUGUGAGCCAGACUAACACGUCUAGUUCUAGUGUGCUGGUUAGCUGGACUUCUGAUAACACAGCUGCUAACUACACCGUGAGUGUGAUUGGCACAGUAGGCGACCCACACAAAUGUCACUCAAAUGGCUCUUCCUGUCUGGUGUCCAACCUGCCCUGUGGCUCCGUCUAUGAAGUCAGUGCCAUUGCAUCAACCUCAGCUGGAGAGAGCAUGCCCAGUUACACCUUUCCACUGGAAACAGGCACCUGUUGUUCAGACAGUCUCACGGUGAGCCAGGUGACCCAGGCCAUGACUAACGUGACCUGGUCGCCUGCUAACGGCGCCCAGACGUACAUCGCCUCUCUGUCUUCACCUCGCGGCCAUGCGCAGUGUCACACUAUGGAGACAGAAUGCGUGAUGGGAUGCAUCACCUGCGGCACUAACUACACGGUCUCGCUGGAGGCCAUCAGUCGCACCGGGCACAAGGCGGAGUGCACCUACCACGGAUUCUCUGCCAGUCAGUGCUGUCCCUCAGGCAUCCGUCUCUAUAGAGGAACCAAUAACACGCUGAUUGUGCGCUGGAGGUCCAGCAGUGCCCUCACUAAAUACACAGCAGAAGUCACCGGAGGCGCCAGGACUCACGCGUGCAGCCCAGAGCCCGGCAGCUACACAUGCACUGUGUCAGAGAUCGUGUGCGGUCAGGUCUACUCAGUGGUCGUCGCCCCACUGAAUUCAGAUGGAAGCAAGGUCCAGUUCUGUAACAGCAGGCUGUAUUCAGUCACAUGUGUGGGCAGCAGAGUUGGAAUGGUGCUCUAUCAAGGAAAAAGAUAAUGAUGGGAUGGAUGCACUUCAAACAGCGAGCUUCUGAUAAUAUUGGACGACUGGAUCCUUCAAAAAAUGUCCCCAAACCAGGAAAGAAAAUGAAUGCUCUGCAACUAAAUCAUUUUACUGUAUGCACUGGCUUCUGAAGUCAGGCAGUGAACUCAUUUGAAUAUAAUUACCUGAAUAAUGUAAUUAGUCAGGAUUCAACACUGUCCAAUCACUUAUGUCUAUAUAUUUAAAUUGCUUUAAAGAUGUAAUGUAAUUUAUGUCAAUCAUGUAAUAUGGUUUAAUUAGAAGUGACUCUGAUUAAUGGGAGAAUUUUAAAUAGGAAUUUGCAAUUGUCUUACAAUGUGGUAAACACACAAAAACUAUUCAAUUCAACAAUCAAUGAAUAUAUUUUAUUAUUUGAACUUAAUUUUCAGGGAUCCCUAAUGUUAUCUCAGGGAUUUUCACUAAAGACAAUUCAUGAUCUUGUGUGUCACGUUAUUUAAUUAACUCUGCAAUUGGAAAUUUCUACAAUUCUCCACUUGAAAAACAGUUGAUAGUAACUUUAAAAAGUUAUUUUGGUGAGGCAGUUAUGUUAUGAAAUAACAUUUUGUUCUUAGCAACAUCCGAACAUCUCACUUUGAAAAAAAUAACAAAAACGUAAUUUGACAGUGGUUACGUCUAAGCAUCAGUUUCCAGGAAUAAUUUAAACAAACAUAAAAUGAAACUAACAAUAAUUUCCCAAAUUUUUAAAAAAGAACGAUCAAUCUGAGCGGUAACUGGAUUUGAACUCCCCUACAGU